AUGGAUGGCACAUCGACGGCAGACGAGGCGGCUGCGACUGCCUUGCACCACCACCGCUCCUCUAGCAUGGCUUCGACGAGCGGUAAUGCGGCGGCGGAGGCUUCCUCAUCCUCCUCGUCGGCCAGGCGUCUCAGCAACGCUCCACAGCAUCACGAGCAUCCCUCUCCACCAUCCCAUAGCCACCUCAGCCAUCACCAUCAUCAUCACGAGCAUACACGCCACGCAGAGUCCUGCUUCACGGCCGACCCUCUACCGGACGACAUCAGAGACCAUCGACGCUCCCCUUCCAGCUCCAGCUCGAGCUCCGGAGCUAGAGUCUCUGCUGCUGAGCAAUGCGAGGGAGCAACCUCGUCCCCCGCGGCAGCUGUCGUGGACCCUCCUUUGCCGCAACGACGAGCGAGUGGGAGCGGGGCAUCAUCGACGACGACGUCGUCGCAGCCGCACACGCAAAGCUACGGUUCCAAUGAAGUUGGAGAUGAACGUGGAGCUCGGGCAGAGCAAUCGAGGCUCGAGAGCAACUAUGCUGCGACCUCGUCGUCGUCGUCGGGCGAGCAAGGGUCAGCGGCACUUGUGGAGGCGGGACCAUCGGCUUCGGCCUCAGCUACGACCGCUUCUUCUCCACCGUGGCCAUCACGACCGCUCUGCCGUACUCAAAGCCAUGACGCUUCAGAGCGCAGCACGGUCCAGACGGAGGACAGGCCGGACAAUUCAGACGUCAUGACCGUCGCUGGACCUUCGUGCCCGAGACCUAUCAAGGCGAUGCCUGGCAGUGCAGCAUCUACGCCUCCUGAUGCGCCGGUUUGGGGAACACCGCUAAGGCGCCACGGUCAGCUGUACGGCAAGAGGAGCAGCAGUCGCGGUAGUCGAGGAUCACCACGUAGAGUGAGAUGGGAGGAUGUCAAGAUUGACAGGCCGUUGAGUAGAAGUCCGCGCGCACCUUGCGAUGAUGAAGAGGAAAGGCGAAGGAAGUCUUCCUUGUCAUUGUCCACGCGCGAGGCCAAGGGACAGGAAGGCUUCCAGCUUCAGCCUGCACCGCAGCCAAAGAGGCGAAGGGUGUCGCAGGAGGGCAGCUCGGAGGAUCAGGCAUCGAGAGGGACAGGCGUCGAUGAGCAGCAGCCAAGGGUUCCACCUCUGCCCUCACUAUCACGCGCUACCCUGCCUCCAGCGUCAGUCGCGGGCGCACCCGCCGCAGCUCAACCCUCUACGUCGUCGAUAUCACCACCAUGGCCACGCACCCCAGCGCAAAAUCUCUUCCACAUGGCCGCAGCAGUACAGCAAGCCUUUAGCGCGCUGCGUUUGCCCGCUCCUUCGCCUGUGACGGCACCUACGCCGACCCGACCUCAAGCCACGGUGUCCGUUCAGCAAGUAGCGCUCCGCAUGCCCCGUCUCACCCGCUCCCACUCCUUGCCCAACCUGCGCGCCUGCACGCACGGAGACCCCUCGCAACCCUCGAUUCACCACCUCGCCCUCCCAGCGAAUGCGAUCGCCUUUCUUCAGUCAGCGUAUCGGGCUAGCGGCUUGCCCACGCGGGAUGCGGCGGGAAAUACGCCCGCCUUCUACGCUGCGUUGCGUCACUCGCUACAUCGCGCUGGUCGUCUGCCUACUCACGCCGCGCAAGAAGCGACUCCGGUGCCGCUCAGUAUUCCACCGACCCUCCCACCCAUCACCCGCUCCACGCUCCGGGAACUAGACAUGGGCGAGAUACUCAAAAAUCCGCAGCUGAGGCACGACGUCGUCUUCGACUCGAACGUGUCCUUUCGCCCCAACUGGGAUGGCGAGCGGGGCAGGAAGAAGCGAGAGGCGUGCGAGCGCUACUGGGUUGCUGUGGGGCGCGAGGUCGAGCUUGGGUGUACGUGUACGAGCUUUGAAGAGGUGCAAGAAGGAGAGGGGAGGCUGGUGCCUUGCGGCUGCGUAGGUAGGGGAGACCCAGCAAGGGGCAUGGGUAGGAACGUGAUGCCCUCGCGCCUGCCGCACCUGAUCGCGGAGCUGCGGGCUAUCUGCCUCUCCAUUCUGCCUCCGGCAUCGGCGUACGGAGCAGCCGCGCGCGCAACCGUGGCGGGCGCAACGAGUCGCGGGUCGUACAGUGCCGCUCGCGCAGGAAUCGCUCACCUGGCUUCGAUGCGCAGCGCGGUCAGCUCGCACCAAUCGGUCCUCAACGCCACCCUCGACCCUUCCCUCAUCUCUCAACAGCGUGAGCACGGCGUCCUCGAUGCGACCGCCAUGCUACGGGUGGUGGUGGACAUUCUCCAGCAACACUGCUCCCCAGCACGCGAGUCCAACGUGCGCACCCUCGUCUCUCACCUCGAGGCAGGCCAAGUCGUCCUUGCUCUGCGUUCCUGCUUCGAGCUCUUGGAGCUGAUGAAGCUCGAUCUCGCCAAUCAUCAGCUGCGCGCUGCUCGACCGCUGAUUGUGGCCGGCGCUGUAGACUUUGAGAGCCAGUGGUUCCGGCAGUCUGUGGAGCAAGGGGUCGUGAGCGUGGAGAAGACGGCAAGCUGGUGGGGUAAGGCGUGGAAGAGUGCGGCUGAGACGGCCAGCCCUACGGUGGACAGGGCCUUUAUCCUCGGAAUGAUGGACCUCAUCAUGGAGACGCCCCAAGCCGACUUGCUCAGCAGUGCGGCGCGAGCUGCUCUUCCGCUUCCCCUGGUCUCGUCUACCGUCUCCAGCUCCUGGCUCAACCACACGCUCGCGCCCUCCUAUCCCGAGACGUUCCAAUUCGACGCUUACCGCCUCUGGGUCAUCAACAACGACCUCGUCGACCUCGUCGUGGUGCAAAUGCUCCUCCUUCUCUUCAGCCAACUGGCCUGCUCCGGCACCAGCGAUGUCAACUUGCUCGCAGCUCGUGGCAGGGCGAGUGCGCUGGCUCAACAGCAGGCGAGUAGCGUCAAGGACGAGCUGUGGGUUCUCCUCAACGAAGCACGCGAGACGCCUCGCGCUGCUGGCUCUUUCAAGCUGCGCGACCCGGCAUGGAAGGCCAAGGUCAAGGAUUUGCUCUUACACGUUGCGGCGCGAGCGGCAAGAGUGUGGGCUGAGGCUACGGGACGCGAUGCUGCUCCGCCAUCGACGGGCACGCAAGCGAUGCUCGAGUCUUGGCUCGAGACUACGCUCCAGCCUGGCUCGACCAUGUCUACGCUCUGCUACACGAGGGUUGGGCUGGUGAUCGCAAAGGCGCUGCGUGAUAAGCUGGCAGAGGCGGGAGCGCAGGGCGUGGCGUCUUGGCUCGGCGCUGCGAUGCCUGCAAUGGCGUGCGCGGAUAGCGCGGCUGGCACAGCCAGGGGCGGUACGAUUCUCCAGUCGGUCUCGCGCGCUCUAUCGCAGUCAAACGUCAACCGUAGCAGGGGUCGAGACGAGGCUGCGGGCGAGGACCAGUCUGACAGGGCGAGGAAGUCACCGCGUAGGGAAGAGCGGGAGCAGCGUACUCAAGAUGCCACGACUUCAUCGCAGGCUGCCACUGUCGCUGUGUCUGGUCAAGCUGCAGCGCCUCUCACCGCGACCGCCACUCCCUCUACCACGACACUCGAAGCUUACAUCGACUCGCUCGGUCUGAGCGCUAUCCGUGCGGAGCUCAUCCAGCUGACGACCCGGAUCUCGGCCGUCGCUGCACUGAACUAUCGCACCUUCUAUCACUUGUACGGCGGAAUGGUGGGGGCGAGGCAGGGAUAG